AUGACCUCUGAAUCAAGCUUCCACCCCCCACAGAAGUAUAUACUCACAAAAGAACAACUAACAGCCUUCCAAAGCUCUAAAACCUACGAAGAUAUCACAUCAUACAUCGAGACGCUGAACAACGCCACAGUUGGCGUGAAGCUGACUGACCCGUGCGAGGAGUCGGCGGGUGUGGCAUCGCUAUUGAAGGUCCUGGACCAAGUGGAGGAGAUCGCGAAGCAGACGCCACCUGUGGAUAACUCUGCUUCGAGGUUCGGGAACCCAGCCUUCAAGGUAUUCUAUGACAAGAUUCAAGAGGCAAAAACCUCGCUUCACGAGUCGAUACCCAAUCUUCCGAAAGAAGCCAUCCAGGAGGUGUCGGUCUACUUUGGUGAGGCAUGGGGUAACAGGUUGAGGGUCGAUUAUGGGAGUGGGAUGGAGUUGAACUUCUUGUGCUGGUUGAUGUGCUUGGAACGACUGGGCGUACUACAAGAGAGUGAUCAUGCCGCGAUCGUCGUCCGAAUAUUCUGGAGAUACAUUCAAGUCAUGCGCACGCUGCAGUCCACAUAUUGGCUAGAGCCUGCAGGUUCGCAUGGAGUAUGGGGACUGGACGACUAUCACUUCCUGCCCUUCUUGUUCGGCUCGGCACAACUUCGAACCCACAAAUAUCUUCGACCGAAGUCGAUCCACGACCCGGAGGUCCUCGAGGAAUUUUCGAAGGAUUAUAUGUAUCUCGCUUGUAUUCGGUUCAUCAACUCUGUUAAGACAGCCUCGCUAAGAUGGCACUCGCCCAUGCUGGACGACAUCUCCGCCGUCAAAUCAUGGGACAAAGUCAACUCGGGCAUGAUCAAGAUGUACCAAGCCGAAGUCCUAGGCAAACUCCCCGUCAUCCAACACUUCCUCUUCGGUUCCAUCCUUCCCUACACCGGUCCUCCUCCAUCGUCGUCCCCUACUCCUACACCGACCGCCUCGAGUUCGAUACCCAUGGGUGCAGCAGGGCUGGUAGGAACGGGAGCAAACGGACCAGUAGGACCAGACGACCCACAUUGGGGACACGCACACGCACAUCCUGGUGCUGAUCUGGGAGGAGCGGGACAGAGAGAGGUCGGGUGGGGAGAUUGCUGUGGAAUCCCGGUGCCUUCGGCUUUCGCGGCUGCGCAGGCGGACAAGCAGAAGGAGCAUGGCCUGAGGAUUGUUGGGCAGGGGAUCAGGCCUGUGCCAUUUGAUUGAGGUGGUAGAGUUUAGCCCCGAGCUAUGGGCGAUGGUCACAUAUUAUAGUACUCGAGUUUGUAUAUGGCACCAUGUACGAUUGUAAGAAAUGAAAGACAUGUGAGCUGCAUGUCACUGUAUAAC